CGCGUUGCUCCAAUGAAAUUGUGCAAGGCUGACAGUGACCGCUAAAUUAGCCGUGAACUUAUUAUUUUUAGCACUCUCCGCAAAGGCCUAAAAGAAGUGGGCUGGGAAGCCUUAUCAUCAGCCUCAUCAUUUGUGUCCAGCCUCGAAUGAGGUCGACGUGAGUGCAGAUAAUUGAGGCCUGCUGUGGACACAUUGUUGAUUGUAGAAUCAGAUGACCUGGCGUGUACAUCUAGGUAGAUUAAAAAAUGUUCUGGGGCUUCGUGGCGCUUGGAUGUGUUCGUCAUCGUUAGUUGUAGCCGGCCACGUAAUAGAAAGCAACUGCGAUCUUUUGAAAGGCCCCUCAAGGGAGAGGAAACUAGGUCACCAGGGUCAAUUAAGGUGUGCGUUUAGGCUUAGGCUUAGGCAUAGGCGGGGACUGCCAUGGGUUCCGCGUCAUCUCCCGCGAAUCUUCCUGCCGACUUGUCCGACAUGCCGCAUCACCCACCACUGCCAUUUUCUUAUUUUCCAUGACUGCGCCUGCGCCAUGCCACUACAGACUCCAUCCAUCCAUUCACUGCCAUUGCGCCUGAAAAAGAGCGAACGGGCAUAAACCAUGAUGAUGCUGCUGCUGCUGACCAUCGUUACUUCCAUCACCAUUACGACUACUAUUACCACUGCCACCCAGCAAUAGGCCCAAGUUGGUUUCUUUCCUUUUACUUACACCUCACCUCAUUGCUUGCGUUUCGUCGUGCAUUAACAAACACUUCGUCUU